AUGACCACCGUGCCCUCGGGAGAGGCCAGCACCCCCGCACAUGGUGGCAGUAGGCCUUCAGAGAGCCCCGCAGUGGGGUCCCAGAGCCAGGUCUCCCUCCUUGCAGAUGCCCCAGGGGCUGGUGCUGCAGCGUCAGCUGAACAGCAGGAUGUAGAUCUGGCCUCCGGCAAGCCAGCCACCUCCAAGCCCACGUCAGCCUCGGGGUACGAGGACAAGCUGAAAGAUGAAGCUGCUGCCAGGCACAGGCCGGAGCCCCAGGAAGCCAUGGGCUGGCUGACCUGCCCGGCCCCAGAAGCCCUGAAAAUGUCCACGAGCCUCCCGAACUCAGUGUGGGACGAACUGGCACAAAAUAUGAAAACGACGCUGAGUCUUCAGAUUUCCCGAAGUGACUCCCUGUCUAAGAAACAGACCCUACAAGCAGUGAGUGUCCUGGACAGGGAGAAAGACUUGGAUCCACACACACCCAGUGCUAAGGUUCUGUUCCUCCAAGCUGUGCCCGCGGUGAGCACGGCCGACGCAGCCAGUCAGCCUGACACUUGGGCCACCGGCACCACUGAAGCCGCAGAGACACCAGAGGGUCCGGAGGCCUUGAGCCCUGACACGGAAGCUUCGCCACUAGCUGAGCCCCAGGUCGUGACAGAGGGGCGUUCGGUAGACCGCUCAGGAGAGCUGCAGGCUCAGCCGGUCGCUCCCUCCCCGGGAGGCAGUAUCCCGACCUUGCCUGGGGCCCCCACGGUGGCCCUGGGGAGGGGGCCCCUGGACCCCAGCCUGUACAUGGCUUGUGAGGAGAAUGCUUACAUGUGCUCCAUGACCAGCUUGCUGGCCGGGGGCGAGGAGGCCAUCAGCUCCCUGGCAGACAUCCUGCUCUGGCCCGAGAUGGCCAUGGACAUAGCCACGGGCAUCCUGGUGUCCGGAUCCAGCUCCAUGACCUACCUGCUGCACAGCCCAGGGCCCAGGCUGCGCCCCCUCUCCAGCCUCCUGCGGAACGCCAGCUUGGCCUUCUCCUCUCGGCUGAGAGCGAGGGCAGGCUCGGUCCUGCGCUCUAUCACCCACGUGCUGGAGAGGAUAGAGCGGAGGACAGUAGAGGGCCUCUGUUCGGCUGCACGUUACCUGACCGGCCACCUCGCCCCAUACCACUCCGGCCUCCGCUGUGACUAG